AUGUCGGAAUUCUUUUCGGGAUCGAGAGAAAAAACCCAAAUUCAAGAUGACAAGAUCAACUACACCCCGACUCGCGUCUACAAUCCGUAUCAAAACAUGGAAGACCCCUCCAAGUUGCAGCCCUUUCGUGUCCUGUACGAACUUCCCACGUCGCCGGAGUUUCUCUUCGAGGAAGAAGCCCUCAAGCGACGCCGUUCCAUGUCCGAGAAUCUCACCUACGGAACGGGAUGGGCUUAUUUAACCGGAGCUUUGGGCGGCGGGAUCUACGGGACCGUUUCCGCUUUGAAGGCGGUGGAAACAGGGGAGUCUUUGAAGCUUGUGAUCAACCGGGUUUUGAAUUCCGGCGGUUCCGGAGGCCGGAAAUUCGGGAACAGGUUGGGUGUUAUGGGGUUGAUGUUUUCGGUCCUCGAGAGUUCGCUCUAUAACCUUAGAGGAGAAGACGAUGCUCUGAAUUACGUGGCGGCCGGGCUUGCAACCGGAGCAAUUUUCAAGGCAGCGGCUGGGCCGAGAUCAGCUGCCGUCGCCGGAGGUCUUGGUGCUGUGCUGGGCGGAGCGGCAGUCGUCGGUAAGAAGGUCGUGAAGAGAUAUGCACCAAUCUGA